UAAACCCUAUUUCUUAAAGGAGUCCAAUUAAGAUAAUAGAAUGGGAAAACGUCAAGAUUGGUCCGUGGCCGCUUGUGUUUUCCUAGUCUUGUCUCUGGCAUCACAAAUCUAUAGUACGAGCGAAACCCAUUUCUCCCGGUCGAAGCUAGGAGUUGGUUCGUCAGGUGAAGUCCUAUCGCCAAAGGAGAAAGAUCUAAUCAAGAAGCUCCCCGGGCAACCUUCUAACGUUAAUUUCAGACAGUACGGCGGUCAUGUGGCUGUGAACGAAACGGCCGGUCGGGUUUUAUACUACUAUUUCGUGGAAUCCGUCAAACCUAGUAACUCUACUCCUCUCGUGUUAUGGUUAAACGGAGGACCAGGCUGCUCAUCUCUACAAUCUGUGGCAUUUAAAGGAAUGGGUCCAUUCCGCGUACUAGACGACAGCAAAACGCUACUCCGCAAUCCUUAUUCAUGGAACAACGAGGCAAACAUAUUGUUCUUAGAAUCGCCGGCAACUGUAGGAUUCUCGUACUCAAAAACUUUAGAUGCAAAACAAAUUGCCGAGCAAGGGGACACACUAUCAGCAGAAGAUAAUUAUAUGUUCUUGGUGAAUUGGCUUGAAAGGUUUCCGGAAUAUAAACGAAGAGAAAUUUUCAUCAUCGGUCAGAGUUACGCGGGCCACCAUGGUCCCCAACUUGCGCAGAUUAUCCUUAGCCGUAACAACCAAACCUUCAUCAACUUACGAGGUAUUUUGAUUGGCAACCCGAGUCUGGACGAGGAAGCCGAGUUGAAGGGUGGGUUUGAGUUUUUGGCCAGUCAUGCUAUAAUCUCACAAGAAACUUUCCUUAGCUACGGAAAAAGCUGCGGAAGUGAUGAUGAAUCCCUUCCACAUGAGGUUGACUGCAUCAAUAUGAGUAUGAAAAUCGAAGAUGCCUUAGAACAACUGAACAAAUACAACAUAUAUAUUCGUCCUAAGUGCCUAAACCCAACGUUUACUAACCAAUCCAAAGAAUGCACAACGGCUUAUAUGGAGUCUGAUCCGUGCGGGGAGUUCUACAUGACAGCAUACUUUAACCUGCCCGAGGUUCAGCGUUCCAUUCACGUGAAACUUCCCUACACGUGGACGCUAUGUAGUGAAGCUGGAAGUACUUAUAAGAUGGAUACAUCUGCAUCAAUGCUACCUAUUCUCAAAGAGCUGAUAAGUCAUGAGCAACUUAGAAUCUGGGUUUUCAGUGGAGACACGGAUGCGGUGAUUCCGGUGACGGUUACGAUGUAUGCGUUGAAGAUGAUGAAUCUAACGGUUGUAAAGGAAUGGCUUCCUUGGUUUAGUGAAGGACAGGUGGGAAGUUACACUGAAGUAUACAGAGGCAAUUUUAGGUUUGCCACAGUGAGAGGAGCUGGUCAUGAAGUACCUUUGUACAAACCUAAGCCUGCUCUUACUCUUUUCAAACAAUUUCUCCUUAACUCUCCUCUUCCUCUUACCCCUUGA